AUGGUGUCAGUCUAUCUCGCCCGACAGCAGCAGGCCGUUCACUUCAGGCUACGGAUGGCAAUGCCGGCCUCCGAGCAUAGUGUCCAAGACUACCGCUGCUGCAGCUUCGAUAAGCCGUCCAACCACGAACUGCUACCGAUGAGACAAGUGCUCCAGGUGUACAGUCUCGAGGCACAGAGGGCGAGCGUGGUAGCGAAUGCGAGGCCGACGCUGAACCUGCCGUUGCUGAGCAGCUUCUCGCACAAUCCGGUCCUCAAGCUGACCAUGAUCACGAGGACGUACAAGACCAAAAGUUGGACCAAGAAGACCAGGCACGAAACACCGAAAAAAGCCAGAGUCAAGGGCUUAAAGGAGCAAGACAAGGAGCAGCGACACGUCCUUCGCCCGCACAAUUCUUCCACCGGCACACAGCAGGCGAAUCGCGAACAGUAUCCAUUGGUAGGAAUCACAAGACUCAUCUGCAAGAUUCCCAAGGACCAGGCGGAGCUGCUUGAAAAGCCCUUCUCAUGGUAUCCAGGAGAAACCGGCAGAGCUUCAUCGUUCACGAAUGUUCCCGUAGCAGUGUUGAAUGAAUUGACGUCAAGACUUGAUAAAAAGUCCGUACAGAGCACUCCACCUAGAGCUAGCGUCUUGAUAAACGUGGACUAUGCGAACAUCAUGCACGAAAGCGAACAGGAUCGUGAGAGCGAGAACGACUCUAGCGCCGCAGACGAGCCGGAGUCAGCAUCAGCUUCCUCGGAGCUGGACAAUGACAUACCAGAGGAUGAGGACGUCCCCUAUCCUUGGGGCAGCUCACCUGCGCGGGAAAAACUACCUCCGGACAGCAGCAUGCCCGAGACGGCGUCAUCCGCGGAAGCGGCUGCAUUGACUGGAUCACGCCGGGUUGUGCCCGUACUGAAGCCUCAAGCUCGCGGAUCCUCAUCUCCAAACGACGAAGACGUUGCAUCCAAGGGAAGCUCAGAGAACGCUUCAGACAUAGAAAUGUCGGUACCGCGCGCGCUCUACGGUCUCGCUCGCAAGAAGUCUUCCAUGUCUGAUGCGCCGUCGCAAUCCAGAGUGAUGCGAGAAAGCAAAGUUCAAGUUGCUGAGACGCCUUAUGCCGCGAAUCGCGGACAGACGCGUGAAGUUCCUCGCGUUAGGCACUCUAGGCGCGACGUAGCCCGGAGCCCCGCGCGGCCUACUAGCACCGUCAUUGCAAACACGCUCGAGAUCUCUAACUCUGCCCCUCACGACGGCGUUUAUAGCACCGCGAAUCCCGAUAUCCCGAUGUCAGACAAUGAGUAUAUGCGGUCAGACAGCGAUGAACAAAUGCUGAGUCAGCAACUCCAGCAUGAGAUGGAUGCCGCAUCCCACCGCAGUAGCUUACGUUCACCUGUCAAACCCGCUUCGCCUGUCAAUUCUGCCCUUCCCCAAUUAAGUGCGGUUGGAAAUCCGCUUGCUCUUCGGACCAGUCCGUUCAAACUUCAACCCGUCCCGACAUUCCUUCCAGAAAGAUUUGAGAAUUCUUCAGCCGGAGCUGGGAGUGUAAGCGGCAAGAGAGGAGCCGAAAAUCAUUCCCCGUUGGAAAGGCAGGCUAAGAAGUCACGACGUCCUGCAAGGGAUUUCGGGCUCAGUCAAGAUGAACCAGUACUUCAGGACCCAGCCAUAACGACGCGACAAACACGGCGUGAGUUUCUUUCAAGGAGUCUCAGCGCGGCAAUGGAUACCGAACCAUCACUAGAUCAGUCAACGCGCACUGCAGCUACCAAAGAGCCUGCGGGAAGGACUGGAUCUACAGAGAUGUUCGACGCCCCUGAGACGUCUUCGGAAGACUCCAGUCAUUCGGCAACAUCGGAUCGCGUUCUUGCUAAACGUUUGCAAGAAUUGGAUCCCGUUUCGAAGAAAAACCACAGGGCGCCGCACGAAGUGCGUCGUUCAGCUGAUUCUCUCACUUCUGGUGCACGUCAGGACGAGGGAACCCGUUUCAUCGUCGCCGAUGUGCAAGACCAUGAACGCCAGCCAAAGUUACCCGUACUGCAGACCUCUCCGGAUAGAGCCUCUUCUAGCUUAGUGCAGCAGAGUUUAUCUGGAAGAACAGGGUUGUUUCAGGCAUUCAAAGCAACGUAUGCCGACUAUCAAGGCGACCUUAAACAUUUCGUAGGACUAUGUCGCAGAAUCGACAAGCUCCAAAAAGCCCAACAAAUGGAGCACCGAGCUCUAUGGGACAGCUUUGUCAUAAGGCACAAAACCGAUUAUGAGCCGUACCUACUCCAGUGUAUGGCAGAGGUAGAGGACCCUCUUCCAUAUGAGGUUUACUUUAAGAACGAGAUCGAAGACCUUCUACAUAACAAGAAGAUCUUGACUCCGGCCACGCUGGCUGCUGCACUUCGAGAGGGAUCCGAAGCCACUGCGAGCUCAGCUGUGUCGCCGCAGAUACCGGCACAACCUGCAGAUUACAGUAAUCGACGGACAAAUCGGGACCGUUCGCCAAACUUGCCCAAUUUCCCACAUCGCUCUCCACACAGCGAAAGUCGCACGCCACGCUCCCGCGAUGACGAGGAAGCCAACAGGAGCAAAUACCAACAGCCUUGGCUAGUUGCAGAUCGCUACCGUUCGGUUUACUCCGCAAGAGGAGAUCCAAAACGCUUAAGAAACCGAACAGGCAGCUCCGCUUUCGAAGAGAAUAGGGAAGUUCGAUUGGCAACAGCUGUCGAGAACGGUCCAGAGCCCACUCAUGCUAGACAUGCUUCCGGACGUCGAUCACCUGAGAAAGACCUGGGAGGACGGCAGUCUGCCGAUAAAGCCAAGGAAGAGCCCUUCACAGUUCUAACAGGGGGACAGGAGCGCUUCGACGACACGCCUCGGAAAGAGAAGUCUACUGCACAGCUGCACUCAGUCCAGUCCUCUACCCGUCCCAUCGCUUCUACUGCACCGCCGCAACUGACCGCCUCCUCGAGGCCAUCCGGGGUGUCUACCUCAUCCCGUAGACCUCUUCCCUGGGAACGGGAUGGGAGUGAUGGCCGUUCCAACCCGCCAGUGAGCAAUGUCAAAAAGCCAGUUACUUCAGCGCAGUCGGUGUUCAAACCUCCACCAUCGUCAAUGAAAACCUUAUCUCCUGUUCCCUCCAUCCCGAGUAACAAUUUACCUCCUCGACCACCCCCGGCUUCGGCAUCAGCAGUAGAAACUCACCAGCCGCCUGACCUGGAAGCCCGGACGGCAGGCAAGGCUCCAAGAGCAAGUCUUCCCGCUGGUGCGAGACUGGAUUCGUCGUCGAUCGAGGGCCGGAACAGUCGCAGGAAGACAUUGGGAGGCACACCAAGUUCUAGCACGGCAAGUGGAGGUCCGAAGAAGGGGGUGAGGGAGCUCUCCAUGUGGUCUACGUUAAACCAGGCCAAGGCUAAGGGUAAGUGA